AUGUGUCGGAAUCAUUCGAUGAUGAGCGAGCUCGUGGAGCUCGACGCGAUGAUAGCGCGCCUCCUGCGAAGUAGCGGACGUCGAAUUCGGAUUCUAAUGGAGAAGAAAAUGAUCAAGUCUAGCCAUCUGAUCCAGCUCGCCGUUGUCGUGGUCAUUGCUUUGGUGCCUACAGUCAUGGCCGCGGACCCAGAUCCUCUGCUGGACUACUGCGUCGGAUCACCAUACUCGCCAUGCCAGGACCCUGCCACUGUGACAAACGCCAAUUUCUUAUUCCAGGGAUUGGCCGAGACAGGGAAUCCGAAGAAGGACCCAUUGGGAGUUUCGGUCUCGUUUGGCACGGUUGGACAGUGGCCCGCUCUUCACACCAUGGGCCUAGCCAUGGCACGGAUCAUCUACGACGAGGGAGGACUGAUCAACCUGCACACACACCGCGCUCGACGGAGAUGA